UAAUCUUUUUCAAUACCAAUCUGAAAAACAGUUCAAUUAGCUCUUUGAAAAUAGUUCAUCAAAAAUGUCCAUGCAAUUCGAGCUGAACGAACCGGUUGCAGUCUAUAGGGUAUCCUACAAGCUGUACCUAUCCGACGUUAAGGGUCUGAUGCCACGUGCCGCCCUAAAGGCCACCGAGCUGAAUGUGCGCGGCUAUAUGACACGCACCCAAUGUGGAUAUGCGGUGAGCGGAGAACUGGAGGGCACACAGGACAAGCUGCAGGAGAUGAUGUCUUGGCUGGAGGAGGAGUCGCCGAAGGGUAGCGAGCUGCCCAAGUUUGGCCAAUAUCAGCUGCAGCUGAAGCCCGGCUAUGAUGAUUUCUUCUGUUGUUAACGAAACC